AUGCCGGGCGGCCGCAGGGGGCUUGUGGCCCCGCAGAACACCUUCCUGGAGAACAUCAUACGCCGGUCCUCCUCCCAACCAGACAGCAGCUUUCUGUUGGCGAACGCGCAGAUCGUGGACUACCCCAUCGUGUACUGUAACGAGACCUUCUGCAAGAUGAGCGGGUACAACCGGGCUGAAGUCAUGCAGAAGUCUUGCAGGUGCACCUGGAUGUACGGCGAGCUGACGGAGAAGGAGGCGGUGGAGCGAGUGGACCGAGCGCUGGACCAUCACCUCGCUGACCAGUUCGAGAUACUUCUCUAUAAGAAGAAUCGCACACCGUUAUGGCUGUUGGUGCACGUGGCGCCGAUCCGCAACGAACGCGAACUGGUCGUGCUUUUCCUGCUGACCUUCCGCGACAUCACCGCCCUCAAGCAGCCCAUCGAUGCAGACGACCCAAAAGGAGGGCUGUCAAAGUUUGCGAAGCUGGCACGCAGCGUGACCCGAUCUCGCUCUGUGCUGGUGUCCGCUCUGCCUGCGCUGAAGGAACCGCAGCGGCAGAGCCACCUCGCGCAUGUAAUGUCACUAUCAGGAGACGUGCUGCCUCAGUAUAGACAAGAAGCUCCGAAGACACCACCACACAUCCUGUUACACUACUGCGCAUUCAAAGCCAUCUGGGACUGGAUUAUACUGUGCCUCACCUUCUAUACCGCCAUCAUGGUGCCAUACAACGUCGCCUUCAAGAACAAGACCAGCGAGGAUGUCUCGUUGCUCGUCAUAGAUUCCAUUGUGGACGUCGUAUUCUUUAUUGAUAUCGUACUCAACUUCCACACAACGUUUGUCGGCCCUGGUGGUGAGGUGGUCAGCGAUCCCAAAGUUAUACGAAAGAAUUACUUCAAAUCAUGGUUCCUUAUAGACCUACUGUCUUGUUUGCCUUAUGAUGUUUUCAACGCGUUUGACCACGACGAAGAUGGCAUCGGGAGUCUAUUCAGCGCGUUGAAGGUAGUCCGGCUACUACGACUGGGCCGAGUGGUACGCAAAUUGGAUCGAUACCUCGAGUACGGCGCUGCUAUGCUCAUCCUGCUACUCUGCUUCUACAUGCUGGUGGCACACUGGCUCGCCUGCGUGUGGUACAGCAUCGGCCGAUCGGACGCCGACUCAGGGCUCCAGUACUCCUGGCUUUGGAAAUUAGCCAACGUGACUCAGACUCCGUACUCUUACGUGUGGUCUAACGAGUCAGACGGGCCAGAACUCGUCAAUGGGCCUUCUCGCAAGACCAUGUACGUGACCGCGCUCUACUUCACCAUGACCUGCAUGACCUCUGUGGGCUUCGGCAACGUCGCCGCCGAGACCGAUAACGAGAAGAUCUUCACCAUCUGCAUGAUGAUUGUGGCAGCUCUACUUUACGCAACGAUAUUCGGCCACGUGACAACCAUCAUCCAGCAGAUGACCUCGGCAACCGCAAAGUAUCACGACAUGCUCAACAAUGUGCGCGAAUUCAUGAAGCUGCACGAAGUGCCUAAGGCACUUAGUGAACGCGUAAUGGACUAUGUUGUUUCCACAUGGGCUAUGACUAAAGGGCUCGACACAGAUAAGGUGCUGAACUACUGUCCCAAAGAUAUGAAAGCGGACAUCUGCGUGCAUCUCAACCGCAAGGUGUUCAACGAGCAUCCGGCGUUUCGACUCGCGUCGGAUGGCUGUUUGCGGGCGCUCGCCAUGCACUUUCAAAUGUCGCACUCGGCGCCUGGAGACUUGCUGUACCACACCGGCGAGUCCAUCGAUUCGCUCUGCUUCAUCGUCACCGGGAGUCUAGAGGUCAUACAGGAUGAUGAAGUCGUUGCUAUAUUAGGCAAAGGCGACGUCUUCGGCGAUUCCUUCUGGAAGGACAGCGCGGUUGGUCAAUCGGCGGCUAACGUUCGAGCACUAACCUACUGUGAUUUGCACACAAUAAAGCGCGACCGGUUACUAGAAGUGCUUGAUUUUUAUCAAGCUUUCGCUAACAGUUUUGCGCGAAAUCUCACCCUUACAUACAAUCUUCGACACCGAUUAAUAUUUCGCAAGGUUGCAGAUGUGAGGCGAGAAAGAGAGUUAAUGGAGCGAAGGAAGCGGGAACCACAACUGGAACAAGCCCAGGAUCAUUUAGUUCGAAAGAUCUUUUCGCGUUUCCGUCGCGAGCGCAGCGUCGCUGCAGCCCCGGGGCCGGCCCCGGCGCGUGCGGCAUCCGCGUCCCCUGCGCUGGGGGCCGCCCCCGCCGACCCCGAGCGCGGGGAGACUGCCGCCGCCGCGGGCACUGCGCCGGCCCCGGCCCCCGUUGCGGCCCCCACGCCCGCGCCGUCCACCGGCGGAGGAGCGGCUGCGCGCGGCAAGUGGGGGCGACUGUUGGCGGGCGGGGGGUCACUGGACGCGAGCGGGGGCGGUGGAGGAGAUGCGCCGCGGGCCCCGUUCGCGCGCAGUCUCAGCACUCGCGACCGGCCCGCUCCUGCCAUCGCCGCCCCCCCGUCCGAAGCUAGCACAGCAUCUGCUGUCACUCCUCACGUUUCUGUCCUCGCUCUGAAGGCGUCUUUUGCGAAAACCCGGUCAGCGAGUGCGCUUGGCGUGGGCAGCGGGCGACAGGACACCAUCGAGGAGGAGCUGGAGGAGCGGCGACCGCCCACCACCACCCCCGCCCUGCAGCCUCCGCCCGCUCCUGUCGCUACAUCUACAGCUGCUUUACAUGACGCCGCGUUAGCAGAAUUACGUAGAGAUGUCCGAAACGAAGUACAACGUCUUCAACAUAAGCUGGGCCGCGUGGAGGAGCUGCUGACGAUGCUGGCGGCGCGGCUGGGCGCCGACACGUCCGAGGGCGCCAGCGGGGCGGCGGCGGGCGCGGGGGCGGCGAGAGGGGAGGACGGUGAGCGGACGCGCGCCCCGCCCACUGACAUCGCCGCUCUCACGAGAACGAAACGCCGAUCGAAGGCGCGCAGUAAAGGUACGGCGCCGCAGGUUCCAACGCCGACGACGCCGGGCGACGCGCCCUCCAGCCCCCCGGGGGGCAGCGCCGGAAGCGCGGGCAGCGCGGGGAGCGCGGGCAGCGCGAGCGGAGUGAGCGGAGUGAGCGGAGUGAGCGGAGCGAGCGGGGCCGGCGCGGCGGCGCGGCGGCGCGACUUCGUGUAG